CUUCAGCUUUUUUUACAUUACAAAAUGCCAAAAAUUGCUUAAAAGAGAAAAUACUUGAGAAUAGAUAUUUGCUAAACUUUUUUCCAUGUCCAUUAGAAAUGCAUCUGAACGUGAUUCCCAGACUGUCAGAAUAUGGAUCAUUGAUCCAGACAAAGCAGAUGAGGCUGAAAUCAACAACACAGCAAUGAUUCCAUCUGUAUAUUUCAGAUAUCUUACCAAGCGUUUAUUUGUUGGUGGAGAGUUUGCAGUCAUCGAGUUGUCUUCAUUCCCUCAGGCAAUCCAGAGUAAUUUUACAAAUCAGGGGUUUUGGGAGGCUCUCCUUCUUGGUGACCAUAAAUAUCAUCAUUUGCACAUAAUCAGUCAGUCAGUAUCUUUUCAUGGAAAAUCUGUUGCUUCUAGUCAACAUGUCUUUUACGGGACAUCUCCAGAGAAACCAUAUGGCGACAAAGAGGUGUCCCUGCGUCUGCCAACUGGUAGUCCGAUGUCAAUAGUAUGGGGUGCAUGCACCCCAUACCGAGCCUUGCUCCUGUCUGACAAAGGCACAUUCAUGACCAAGAAUGCUUUCCUCACUUAUGAGGAGAUGAAGGUUGAUCCUGGAGAAUUGUUAAUGCCGGAUGAGGGUUAUUAUGUUGUUUCUGAUGCCGUCUUAUUGGGGAAUGGCUCAGUUUUCCACAUUGGAGAUGCUCUUUUCUGGAGGGACAAUGAGGAUGGAAUAUUGAGGAGGAAUCCAACGAAAUUGAUAGAUGAAGGGGUUAAAGGCCUGAGUUUUAGGACUCAUUGUGCAGAUGACUACCCCUUGCCAGAGUUUGAACUUGCCACUGUUCUUGCUUGGACAGACCAUGAGCUUUAUAAAGGUGGGAAGAAUCUGGAUUGGACAACUAAUAGCAGCUACAUGUCAAACAUACUGAGUCUUCCCAAAACUGCUACCAUCCUUAAUGCUGCAUUUGGAUCCCAUCCUGCAUCUUUGAGUGCACUGGUGAUGUAUACUGGAUCUGUGCAACUCUACCUGCUCACAUCCUAUGAAAAUGAAGGCAUCUGGAGAAACAGAACUUUAUGGAGUAGGAAUGUUUUACAAGGGCCAUUUCAGAUGCUCUUUGUCAGUGCAGCCUUGGAAACUCUGCUGGUGUGGAACAAAGACACUAUGCUUUAUAGUUUUCACAAUGAUAUUGAAUGGCGUUACCUGCAAAUAAUGGAUUCCUCCAGCAUAAGCCAGGAAGCAAAUGGUAGCCACAUUCAUCAUGUGGUCAUGGACCACUCAAGGAACAUGCUGGUAAAGAUGGAGAACAAUGUUUUGUUCUUCUGUAAAUUCGGCAUGAAUAAACUGUUUCGGCUGCCCACCUGGAAUGACCCUGGACGCUCUGUGGUGCUCUACCUAAACCAGAAGGAGCAGAUCAUUAUGCUGACAAUGUUAGAUGGAGGUCUGCAUGUACAGAAGUACCCUUUACAGAUGGAGAUCAGGAGUGCCAUGCGAGGGGAGGUCCACGACUGUCCCUUUAUUGGCUUUACACACAACAUGAACAGGCCUGUCUACUACGUUGACAAGGGAGAGGGCAUUGAGUUGUGGGCCCAGAUAGUCAACCAUGAAGGUAAAAACAUCAAUGUGACGCUAAGCAGGAACAAAGACCAUGUGUUGCACAUCACAGAAAGGACCCAUUUUGAGAGUGUGCACCAUCUGGAUACAACAAACAAGACCUUUUACAUUUAUCAAGAUGCAGGCUACAGAGACAUAACUAACAACUCUGAUCUCCUCUGGAACUCAAGUGAUAUAGUCUCUUUGGAGCUGGUACCAACCCAGGUUGAUAAUUCAUGCAAUCUUCCAAAAGAACAGAUUUCCCAUUUCUUUGUGGGUUGCCCACCAAACAGACACAUUCGUGUUAUAAAACCACAGAGUGUUCCAUGUGAGAUGCACACUUUUCAUAAUUAUACCAUUCCAGGAUUUGUGCUUAGUAAUUCAUCAAAGGAUCUGCUUGUGUUCUAUGACUGGAAAAGCUUUGGCUGUGUGUUGAGAAUCCACUACAAAGAUGAAUUUCGGCCAGACAUCAAACUGUAUGAUGGAGAGACAUUCGUGCGCAGUGUUGAUGCCAACUUCAUAGUGUGGGAGAAUUUUAAUCGGAAAGACUAUUACUUCAAUGCGACCAUGCGUCAGGUAGCCUGCCUUCAUGAGGCCCAAACAUGGAAAUCUAUGCUAGUUGAUGAGAAGCGUCCUGAAGAGGCCUGGGGACCUCAUAAUUACAGGAGCUGUUUUGUUGACAACUCUGAAAAACUUGGAAACCUUGACCAACCCUAUGAAAUCAUGAAUAGGAGUUCCACGAAUUAUAUCUCCUUUUCUGAAGAAUACACUGCAAUUUAUGUUUUUAAUGUAAAGAUUGUGGAUCCAAAUUACAGCUUUUGUGAUCUUCGUGCUGUAUUUGCAAUCCAAACAUAUGGAAUCUCAGUGGUUGAUCAGCUUUUCCUCCACUACAAGUUUUUGAUCCCAUUCCUCAUUACACUCAUCAUACUGUGUUUCAUCUUCUACAGAUAUACCUCCAUCUUUCGAGACAUGCUUCAGAAGAAAUGUGUGUAAAUCAGUAGUUAGUUUUAUAGUUACGAGAGUGUAUAUAGUGUAGAUACUAUCAGUUUACUAAUGAGCCUUAUUUGUUAUUCAUUGAAUUUUCUGUUUGAAUUAUACUGAACCAGUCAAUUCAGUGGGCCGAUUUAUGUAAAAAUGGAUAUACGAAUGUUUUACACAUCUUAUGUUUUAUAAAUAAAGACCAUUGUCAUUUAUUUCAAAUCACAUAUAUAGUUUAGAUACUGUCACUUGACUUUCAACAAGCCUUAUUUCACAGAAUCAGAAUAAAUGUACUAAAAUUA